UAACCUCAUCGUCAUCACCUUCUAUGAGUUUGUUGUCACAGAUAUAAAUUUUUAAAUUUUUUUAAAACUUUUCGACAGCCGAACGAAUUUGUUGUGUUUUGUUAAUAAUAUAAAAAAAAUAAAAAUUAAAGGAAAAACUCAUUGGAUUCCCAUUUAAAAAGAAAAUUAAACAACAAAAAUACCUACCUACAUCUUUUCUACCUCAACUGUCGGAUAUUUCGAGCAUUAAAAGUUAACAUACUAUAAUCCUCCACGUCGUUGAUAAAUUCAAUUUAUUUAAAAUUCAUAAAACCGAUAGAACCUUACCACCAUCAACCAUCAUCAUUUUAAAUUUAAAUUUUGUGGUUUCCAAUUGAAGUUAUUUUCUUUAUGUUGUGUCUUUGAUUGCAAAUUCAAAAGAGAAAGAGAUUAGGCAUAGAAAAAUAAAUUCUUUCACCUAAUUUGUUCCUAAUUAACUGUUGUUUCUGGUCUCUUGUGUGUUUUUGCCUUGACUGGUUGUGUGUGACUCCUCUAGAAGUGAUACCUGUAUAAAGAAAAAACAACAAAAAUGAUGCAGCAGCCUAUGUUCACAAGUGAUUUUCAUAGGAAGAAGCAUUUCGGUCCUGGUGGUUCCUAUAAUAGUAAUGCUGAAAAGAUUGCAUCUGCAGCAGCUGCUGCUGCAGCAGCACCCCGUGACAUUGCUGCAACUAAAGACGAAGCCAAAGAUUCGGAAAUAGUUGAAAUGCGACCAGAGCAUUUAUUCAAACAUCCAUUACAAAACAAAUGGACCUUAUGGUAUUUGGAGAGUGAUCGAUCAAAAGCUUGGGAGGAACUACAAAACGAAAUUACCAGCUUUGAUACAGUUGAAGAUUUCUGGAGUCUAUACAAUCACAUUAAGCCUCCAUCUGAGAUUAAAAUCGGAAGUGAUUACUCUUUGUUCAAAAAAGGAAUUCGGCCGAUGUGGGAAGACAGUGCUAACAAGCAAGGAGGCAGGUGGAUGAUUUCACUGAGCAGAGGUAAACCAUCAGAAAUGGACAAUCUAUGGCUGGAUGUUCUCCUUUGCUUGAUUGGUGAAGCAUUUGAUCAUUCAGACCAAAUUUGUGGUGCUGUCAUUAAUCUUCGUGGAAAGGGACAUAAAAUUGCCAUUUGGACAGCCGAUGGUAAUAAUGAAGAAGCAACUCUGGAAAUCGGUCAUAAACUAAAAGACUCAUUGCGUCUAUCGAAAUCAACAUUACAAUAUCAACUACACAAAGAUACAAUGGUUAAACAAGGACCCAGUGUGAAGCCUAGAUUCACUCUCUAAAGAGUGUCUUAGGUAUUUCCGCAGAAAUAUAACGAGUGGCAUUCUUCUUUUUCAAACAACAAUCGUCGCACGUUCAUUAUCAUUUCUCCUAUUAUUUUUUUUUUUUUUUGAAAGCUCUAGUUGUAUAUUUAAUUAUAAUUUCUUUUUUUAACAAAUUGAUUUAUGAACAAACAAAACAAAAAAAAAACAAUUUAACAAGGAUUUAAACAAAAGAAAAUAAUCGUGAGAUCGAUCUCUUUUCGAUUGAAUAAGGCAAGAAAUAGAACUCACGACGCGAAACACAAUUUCGAAAGAAAAGAGCUGGUCUUAUCUAUAGAAAAAAAAAUAUGUAAAACAAAGUCAAUAGUUUCCACUGUCUCAUCUGAGAUUAGUGGAAAAUGGAAAAAGAAAAUCUAAUUUUAUAUCGACAAUUGGUAGUUCUAUUGUAUUUUCCUUGUAAUCUACUCUAAUCUUUAUGUUAUUGUGAAGAAAUUUGAAUUAUUUAAAUAAAAUAAAAAAAAAACAGUAAAAACACAA